AUCAGAUACCACUUUAAAAAGCUUUAAUGUGUUGGUCACUAAUACAAAUUCAGUAUGAUUUGGUGAUUGUUCCAUGUAUACAUGUCUUUAGGAGACUGUUUUUUCGUGCUGCUCCCAUGCAGUAUAAUCACAUAUUAUAUUAUCCUGACAGAUCUGCAAAUGCCACCCAUGAAGUCAUCAAUGUCACCCUUCACACCACGUUGGCUGCUACUACCAAACUGGUGGUACCUACACCUGCCAAGCCUAUCCUUCCAGUUCAGACUGGAGUCCAAGCACAGCAAGAGGAGCAGUCUAGUGGCAUGACGAUUUUUUUUAGUCUUCUUGUUUUAGCUAUCUGCAUCAUAUUGGUGCAUUUACUGAUAAAAUACCGACUUCAUUUUUUGCCAGAGAGCGUGGCUGUUGUCUCUUUAGGUAUCCUUAUGGGAGCUUUUAUAAAAAUCAUAGAGGCUCAAAAGCUGGCCAACUGGAAGGAAGAAGAAAUGUUUCGUCCAAAUAUGUUUUUUCUGCUUUUGCUUCCACCUAUUAUAUUUGAAUCUGGAUAUUCAUUGCACAAGGGUAAUUUUUUUCAGAACAUUGGUUCCAUCACUCUCUUUUCUGUGUUUGGCACUGCGAUAUCAGCUUUCAUUGUAGGUGGAGGCAUUUAUUUCCUGGGCCAGGCUGAUGUAAUUUAUAAACUCAACAUGACAGACAGUUUUGCCUUCGGCUCUUUAAUAUCUGCAGUUGACCCUGUGGCUACGAUUGCUAUUUUCAACGCCCUCAAUGUGGAUCCUGUACUCAACAUGUUGGUUUUUGGAGAAAGCAUUCUCAAUGAUGCAGUCUCUAUUGUCUUGACCAACACAGCAGAAGGUUUGACAAGAGAAAAUAUGUCAGAUGUAAGUGGAUGGCAAACCUUUCUACAGGCACUGGGGUACUUUCUUAAGAUGUUCUUUGGCUCUGCAGCACUUGGUACACUUACUGGUCUUAUUUCUGCAUUAGUGCUAAAACACAUUGAUUUAAGGAAGACUCCCUCCCUAGAGUUUGGGAUGAUGAUUAUCUUCGCUUACCUUCCUUAUGGGCUUGCAGAAGGUAUCUCACUCUCAGGUAUCAUGGCAAUCCUCUUCUCUGGUAUCGUGAUGUCUCACUAUACACACCAUAACUUGUCCCCGGUUACACAGAUUUUAAUGCAGCAGACACUGAGAACUGUUGCUUUCAUGUGUGAAACGUGUGUUUUUGCAUUUCUUGGCCUGUCAAUUUUUAGUUUUCCUCACAAGUUUGAGAUGUCCUUUGUCAUCUGGUGCAUAGUACUUGUUCUGUUUGGUAGAGCAGUGAACAUUUUCCCACUUUCCUACCUACUCAACUUUUUCCGUGAUCACAAGAUCACCCCCAAAAUGAUGUUUAUCAUGUGGUUUAGCGGUUUACGUGGAGCAAUUCCCUACGCCCUCAGCCUCCAUUUGGGCUUGGAACCAAUAGAGAAGCGGCAGCUCAUUGGGACAACAACAAUCAUCAUAGUAUUGUUCACCAUUCUGCUGCUGGGAGGAGGGACCAUGCCCCUUAUCAGACUGAUUGACAUUGAGGACUCCAAAGCGCGCAAGAGGAACAAGAAGGACAUCAAUCUUAGCAAGACUGAGAAGAUGGGAAACACCAUAGAAUCUGAACAUUUAUCGGAGCUCACAGAGGAGGAAUAUGAAGCCCAGUACAUAAAACGCCAGGACCUCAAAGGGUUUAUGUGGCUUGAUGCCAAGUAUUUGAACCCUUUCUUUACCAGAAGACUCACACAAGAGGACUUGCAUCAUGGGCGCAUACAGAUGAAAACCCUCACAAACAAGUGGUAUGAAGAGGUACGACAAGGACCCUCAGGAUCUGAAGAUGAUGAGCAAGAGCUGCUAUAGGACACCAGGCAGGAGUGCAGUGAGUUUAGAUCAUUAGAAAAAGGGUUUAAGGAUCAAGAGUCUGGCUGCCCAAAAGCUGAGAAUGAACGUUCUGAUUUCAGACAUGUCUUGUGCUACAUGUUUAGGUAUAAAACCACAGAUCUACUGUGCUUGAUAUUACUUGUCAGUGAUGGAAACCAUAAGUGUGAGACAGGGGAGUGAAUGAAGAACCUUUCAUUCACGUUUUACAGCACAGCAAAUUUAAUGCAGCCUAUUGAAAAGCAAGAACAUCUGCCAUGAAAAGAUCACAUUGUUUAAUGGGGGCAUUAUCUUCCUGUUAUGAAAUCUGUUGUACACAUAUGCUGAAGUACAGAGCCACAUAUGACUGCAAAACAGAAUGAAUUGCACUUUACUUUUUAUCUAUCUAUCUAUAUAUUCAUUCACAGCAUGGAGAAUCUUGACAGUUUAUACUGUGAAUGUUUCAGCACUAGUAAGGGAAUCUGACUGGAAUAGAUCUAUAAUUUACGGGAUUUGCACAUUAUGAAUCUGGAGAAGAUAUGUACCUUGACAAAAGCAUAUGUUGCACAUACAAGAAUGGACCUCUGGGAACUGGUGGUUUUGUCCUUUAAGUUCUUGAUUUCUAUUUUAUGGGAUUUCUUUUCUUUUUUUAUACUGACGUAUCAAACCCACAGAACUGAUUAUAGCAUGGUUUGGGGAGCGGGGGUUGUGUCACAUAGUACAGAACCACAUUUGA